AAGCCUACAGAUAAGGCAGCAUAGAGGGAGCCACUGUCUGCACACUGCUUAGUUUACACAGUUAUACAAAAGGGAAGAAAACCAUAGUUACUGGACACAGACUGCACUUUUAGGACAUGGGUAUGCAUGGAUCCAAGUCUCGGAAACAAGCGCAGGUCCUGAUGCUGGGUCUGGACGGGUCAGGAAAGACCACCCUGCUCUACAAACUGAAGUACAACGAGAGUGUGGUGACCGUGCCAACUGUGGGCUUCAAUGUGGAGACACUGGAGACAGAUAGGAGCAGCCCGAGCCUGACGGUGUGGGACGUGGGGGGCCAGAGGAAGAUGAGGCCCCACUGGAGGCAUCACUACACUGAUACAGCCGGACUGGUGUUCGUGGUGGACAGCUGGGAUCAUAAGAGGCUGGACGAGGCCCGCAAGGAACUUCAUCGGGUCCUGAGGUACGAGAGCCUCCAGGGGGUUCCUCUCGUGGUCCUUGCCAACAAACAGGACCUUCAGGGAUCUCUAAGCCCAGAAGCACUUUGCCUGAAACUGGACUUGACGAGAGUGUGUGAGGGCAGGGCCUGGUUCAUCCAGCCCUGUUCAGCCACCACCGGCAUGGGACUAGAGGAAGGUUUCAGGAGGAUAGUCUAUCUGAUGAAGACACCACUGAAACAGACUCAAGAGGACAUUAAGGUUAAGAUGAGGUCUAAGGGCUUCAGUAUCACAGCCUUGAAACAAGCCUUGCUCUGUGGCCGAUGAUGGAUGAGAGUCCUUUUCUUGAAGAGUUGUUCAGGAUUCCUUCUCAGCCACUGGCUGUGAAACUCACCAGUGAGGGGCCUCAUUGUGGCAAGAUCCAUGAGAGGAGGUGAUAACAAAAGGAUGACCUGAUCACAGUUUUAAUCUCUGUGGCGGAAAGAACUUUUACUCAACUCCCUAGAGAAGACAAAGUGUCUUUGAACCACGGUGAUAACCUGUGAAGAGGCGGUGAGUUUCUUGGAUUAUGAGGGUAGUUUUAAGAAAACAGUUGAUAUGAGCCGAACAUGACGUCUGAGACAUUUCAGUCUGGCAUACUGCACAUGUUUUUGUCUGUGGCUCAAAGAAAUGCUUUCCAAUUGUGCAUUAUCAGGUUUUCUUUAUUUAUAUUAUUUAUAAAAUCAUAAUAUUAAAAUAAAAAGACUUGUUAUGUGCUUACUAUUUCAUUCAUGCUGUAUUUAUUUAUUCAGAAUGACGCCACUGCCAGUGUCAGUCACAAAAUGUUACACUGAAUGAAGAUUUGAUACUGAUCCAGCACAUUAAAACAAAAAACAAAACUGUCAAAUCUGUCAACUCAUGUUCAGAGCAUGUUAUUUUACUCUGGUUCUGUUUCAAUAAAUGUUGUUUUGUCUGCUUGUUACAAUGAAAUAA